GGUCGAUCCUACAUGCCAGGGGAUGGGAUCCUAGACUUUGCCUCGCAUCCCGUCUGUUGCAACGAAAUACGGCUACUACGACUAUUCCGUGCCGCAGAAUUUGAUUUCUACCAGCGAGUUCCCGCCCUGCGUCUCCCGCGAAACAAAACCACCUUUCCGGAAUACGUUUUCUCCUGUUGUCUUUUCGCACCAUGUUCAAUGUGCUGCGGCCAUGUCCUCCUCGUCCUCGACGUUCCAAUAUUUGGCCGUCACGCCCCAUGAUCACGGAGCCUUCAUCGUCAUCGCCGCAAUUGUGGGGGUGAUAUGGACGGUGCUGGUCUAUUGCAUCCGGCUCUACAUUAGACUCAACAUCAAUGGCCCCUUUGGCUUGGACGAUGCUUCGGCUUCCAUUGCGACCGUGAGUUGAGAAAAAGGGCCAAUACAUAUGGCGCGCCUUGAAGCAUCGCUCUCUUCUAACGCGCGCGCGGUUCGGAUACCUAGGUCAUCGGAAUUAUACAGUCUGCCGUGACGCUUGUUGCGGUUCGCAAUGGGUUGGGGAAAGCAAAGGACUUGCUGUCCGCCGUCGAGCUCGAAGCAGCCAUGAAGCUCUAUUACGCCGCAGGCCUGCUUUACAUUGUGGCCAUCUGCGGAUCCAAAAGCGCCAUGUUUCUGUUGAUGGCACGCCUGACACGGCAAUCUCAACACAUAUCACUGGUGGUGAGCUACGGGGCCACAUGCUUCACGGUGGUAUGGAUGGUAGUGUCCCUGUUUGUUGUGGGUUUCCAGUGUGGUCUUCCGAACCCAUGGGACAUGGUUUCCCAUGAGGGCUGCAGAAGCACGUUUACGCGAUGGGCCGUCGUCGAAAUUUUCAGCAUCUUGAUCGAGGUGAUGAUUUCGGCCAUGGCCGUGGCUCUGGUUUGGGACCUCAAAAUGGCCGUCAAGGUCAAGGUGGCCGUCGUGGGGGCGUUUUCGGCGCAGCUGCUCGUCAUCGUGCCCAUCAUCUUCCGGCUCAUGUCCGUGCGGCGGUCGCUCGACUCGUCCGACAUUACGUUUGACUGGACCGAGACGACGCUGACGACGCAGGUCGUGAUGCACUUUUCGCUCAUGGCGGCGACGUUCCCGUGCUUCCGGCAGUUCCUGCAAGCCUUCGACUCCGGGUUCGGGGCCACGACCAAGAUGGAGACGCAGACGGGCGGCUCGGGCAGCCGGACGAACAACAGCUACGCGCUGCAGUCACUCGGCUCCAAGAAGGGGGGAGGAGAGGAAACGGCCACGGGCGCGAACGGAGGACGAGGAGGGGGAGGAGGGGGAGUCGGAAGUGGGAGCGGACGGCCGAUGGGGGGGCAAGGGGGAGCGGCUCUGGGCUGCAAUACCAGCGCCAGCAGCAGCAACAGCAGGGCCAUGGCGCGGCUGCGUCCGGACCGCACGGCCGAAAUCGUCACGCAGGCGACGGCUGACGGGCCUGACAGGGCGGGCGAUGAGGACCGGAGCAUCGAGAGCGUCGGCAGCGACAAGGCCAUCAUCUGGAGGACGAGGGAGUUUGAGGUGCACUACGACGAGCGUGAGAGAGAGGGCUAGAUAACGUACGUAGACCGCCAAGCGCAUGUAAAUCUAUUAGACUUUUUUUUUU